AGAAGAUUGUGCAAGAAAGGCAAAUUGCAGUUUUAGUUGCGUUUAAUCCCUGGACAAGUACGGGCCUGCAUUUGGCGACUGUCUUAUAAUUUCCUGAUUUUUGCUCAGUGCCAGCUGUUGUUCCCUCCGCCAUGCAACUGGAGAGGAGAGACGAAUCUCCAACGGGAGAUAGCACAGAGUUUACACUUCGUUGGCACCAUCAUGACGCCAAAUUGGCCGACACAAUGACACGCGCCUGGGAGAAGAAAUUGUUUUUGGACGUGACUUUAGCCAGCGGGCACAGGACUUUAGGUGCUCAUCGCCUCGUGUUGUGUGCAUGUUCUGCUUUGCUUGAGAAUCUGCUUACUUCGCCGGCCCAUUCGCCCGUCCAAUCUCACACAAAUCCCAUGCUCUAUUUCAACGAUAUCGACUUUGAGGAUUUGGAAGUGCUGGUCGAAUUCAUGUACAGAGGAAGCAUGACUGUCACCUAUCAAACGUUGCCAGGCAUCAUUAAUGCGGCGAGAAUUUUGCAAAUUCGUGGCCUCAAUAGAGACAUUGAUGAACCGGUCGAUUCGCCACCGGAAUCGAGUGGAUGCAGCGAACCGCCUGUAUUGGAGCCGAUCGGCGAACCGACUCGUAAGCGGAUGAAGAAAGAGGAAGAAGCUCCUCUCCACAUUGAAAAAGAAGAACCUGCAGAUUCAGACCACGAGGAAGGUCUUCCGACACAUGGCACUAUGGUGGAUCAUUCCAAUUUUGAAGAGCAGAAACAACAACAAUUGGCUGCUUUUCUGUCGGUUUUGGCCCAGCAAACGCCUCUUAAUCCAUCGACCAAACAACCUUCAUCAAGUGGACCAAGUCCGGCACUACGUUCAAGGCUGGUCUGGGAUCCGGCUCACAUAGUCUACCUAGAAAGUUGGUAUGGAAGAGAGACAAGGUAUCCAAAUCUUGCCCAGUGUCAAGCCUAUGCAAAUCAACUCUCUAAAGUGCCUCAAACAGAUCAAAGCGGCAAAUCACGAACGUCCAUGUCAGUAACGGCGCAGAAUGUGUCGCAUUGGUUCCAGAACAGGCGUCGUAAAGAUACACAUCCAGAGAUUGAAGAGAAACGAGUCAAACGCAGUCAGACUCGACGGAGUAAAUCGAUGAAAACGAAUGCCGGCGGUAAUCCGUUGGAUUUAACACAAUCCAGUGCUCCCCCUCAACGAAUAAAACAGGCAACUUCGCACAGUCGUUCACCGCAAGAACAAUCGCAUCACGAACAAGAAGAUCGAGACUCUGACGAAGAACCUGGGCUGUGCAUUGCGGAACAGGCCCAUACAAAUUCGUACAAUAGCGACACGGAAAAUGAUCAUCCGGCGCCCAUCCAUCAUCCGCAAUAUCAGGUUUAAUUGUGAAAAAUUACUUGUCUACAAAGCGUUCCUCCAAUUCAGAUUUUCCUGGUUCCUACCCCCUAUGAUGUAAUUAAAGAAAUUAGCAAUUUUUUUUUUUUUUUCGAUAAAGAAUAAAUAAAAAAUUCGAACACGUUUGUCAUAAAACAAUGUAUUUUGUUUAGUUUUUUUUUUUUCUCGUGUUGUGAAACUAAAGUGGGAAACGAUCAGGGUUAUACAACAUAUGCAAAAAUUGGAGAAUAAUUUGUUAAAAGUCUAUUUUUUUGGGGUAAAUGCGCAAAUUCUUGCGGGCAGAACCGAAAUUGAAGUUAUUAAAUUAAUUAACACCGCACCUGUUUUUGCCACAGAACCUAAAGAAAAUGACAGGGAUAAAGAAAAAACGUCCAUGACUGAUUAAAUAAAAAUU